AUGGGUCAAAACGCCCAAACCGAAAUCAAGUUGCACAGGGCACAUCGGAUAGGCCGAUACCAGCCAAAUAAAGUGCGGCCAAUUGUUGCGAAAUUCGCAUACUACCCGGACAAGGAGAGGGUUCGCAGGGAGUCAAGGGAACUAAAAGGUACCCCUUUCGGAAUAUCCGAGCAAUAUCCACAGGAAGUUAUGGAGGCCCGACGAAGGCUAGUACCCAUCAUGAAAAAGGCAAGAUCCGAGGCGGGCUUGCGCCAAUCAAUCAAUUUGAGCUCUGGUCACCGUUCGAGAUUCUGCGUGAGACAUGUGAUAACCAUUGACAGGGUGGUUACCCCUAUUUGGUACAUCAUUGGCUUCAUCGGGAACCCCAUCUCGGCAAAAAUAUGGUUUUCAAGGAAAGUGAGCAGUUCCAAUCCCUCUGCAGUCUAUUUUGGCUCUCUUGACAUUGUUGAAACUCUGUACCUCAUUUUGCACGUGAUUUACGAACUUCACGUGGCUUGGGGUUACAACACGUACCAUAAACGAGUAUCCUGCGAGAUAUUCAACUUUCUCUUUUUGACACCUCAGUACAUGGUACCUAUGCUUGUAUUGGGAUUUACAACCGAGCGAUAUAUCGCCGUCUGCCAUCCGUUUGUCAAACAGAAAUAUUGUACUGUUACCCGUGCAAAGAUCGUGAUAGGAUGUAUGUCUGCUACUUCGGUCGUGUUGGGAUUGGUUCAAGUGUACAUUUGGGCGUUUGAUGACGUUCUCGGGUGCGUCUUUCGUCCUUCCGCAAUAGGGUUUCACACUGUAUGGACAUGGAUAACGGAGAUGUUGCUUUUUCUUGUAAUCCCGGUCGCUUGCCUCGUCAUUAACGGGUUAGUAAUCCGAGAAAUAAAGCGCAUUCAGGUACAGAGUGCAGCUCAUGGACAUGGGGCCAAUCCAGCCUCAACAACAACCUUGUUAUGUGUCUCAUUUUAUUUCAUAUUUACACUGCUUCCAGCGACAAUUGUUUACGCCAUACAGACAUCUAUUCCACAAGGGGAUCCGUAUUUAAAGCUUGACAAAUGGGCAAGUGACCCCACGUGGAAGGCAUAUUUCCUUUAUCUAACAAUACGCAAAGUCGUUGAGGAAAUAUGUCUUUCCAAUUACGCGUCAUAUUUUAUUAUUUAUUAUGUCACUGGGGUGUACUUUAGAAGAGCAUUCACUGACUUAUUUAUGUGGGCGAAUUUUUCGAUAAGGAGAAAAUCUUUUAAUAGAGCAACGACUUCCGACUACAUUCCGACAUGUAAUGGAAAAGCACUGUGUUCUGAGACAUUCGUGCUCAACGAAAUGGAUGAUCAGUGAAUUUGCGUAAAAAAUAACAGAAAACCGUUAGAAGCAGAAGAAUGUACAUUGUAAACAAUGAUUAUCUUGUUACAUAGACAAACAUAUAGACCCAGACUGCAAGCGUUGUUUAAACAUGUUCAAACAAAACUUUAUAACUCAGCCAUUCCUUGUACUUGCCGCGAUAUCACUAUAUGUGUAUUGUGUAUGUAUAUGUAAAAACAUAAUUUAAUGCCAUCAUUAUUUCAAUGGUGCGUUUGUAAUACAUGUGUAUAAUUUAACUUAUACAUGCAUACUGAAAUAUA